AGAAAAAAUGAGCCAAGAACAACCAAAACGUCCCCAAGACCCAAUCAAAUACGGCGACGUUUUACCUGUCUCCGGCGACCUUGCACAGAAGCCCGUUACGCCGGAAGAUGCUGCCAUGAUGCAGAGCGCCGAGAGCCGAAUCUUGGGUCAUACUCAACCAGGAGGAGUAGCUUCUGUCAUGCAAUCCGCUGCCACUCGGAAUGAACAAGCUGGAAUCGUCGGUCACCGAGACGUCACAGAUGUCACCGCCGACCGUGGCGUCUCCGUCACUGAAACUCAAGUCCCAGGACGACGCAUAAUCACUGAAUCCGUUGGUGGACAGGUUGUUGGACAAUUUGUUGAACCAACUCCGGUUCAGGCUGGGUUAACCGGUGCGGUUCGAGAGAGUGCAUUAACCAUAGGUGAAGCACUGGAGGCGACAGCCCAUACGGUGGGUGACAAACCAGUGGAACAGAGUGAUGCUGCUGCUAUACAGGCUGCAGAGGUGAGAGCUACUGGGAGCAAUGUUAUAUCUCCGGGAGGGUUGGCUUCAAUGGCUCAAUCAGCAGCGGCUUAUAAUGCUGACUGUCCUCGUGAAGAGGAGAAGAUUAAGCUGGGAGAUGUUCUGUCCGGAGCAACAGCGAAGUUGCCGGCAGAUAAGGCGGCGACGAGACAAGAUGCUGCAGGGGUGGCUAGUGCAGAGAGGAGGAACAAUCCUGAUGCUACUGCUAUUCCUGGUGGUGUAGCUGCUUCUGUUGCUGCAGCUGCUAGGCUCAAUGAAAAUGUGACCAAUGUAAUGUAAAAUAUGUGAUCCUCCUCAUGAAUGAUGUUUGGGUUUUGUGUCUUGUUGUGAAGUGAUGGUGUAUAAUAUUAUAAGUGGUUUUUGUGUCUUCUCAUAUGACUUUUCUUAAGUUUAGAUAUUUUGUUCUGU